AACAGAAUCCUAGAAAAUAAAUUUAUUUUUGGGCUUCUCAGAAGAUUCACGACUCAAGGGUGGUUAAGGUUCUAAUUAUAUGAAUUUAUAAUUCAUGGAAAGGUAAAAAUUGAAGAAUCCUUUAAUUAGUUCAGAGGAUAUAUACAUACAUACCUUUUAGUGAGGUCAGGUUUUUGAAUCCUGCAGUAAUAACCCGCUACGUGCUUACGCUGAUCAAACAGCGUCGUUACGGUUGAGCUUGGAAAUAUUUUUAGUACGUGAAAUUACCACGGUAGUGUAGUAGUGCGUCUAUGUAAAGUUAUUGAACAUGUGCAUAGAGUAAAAAAGCAUAAUACCGUCCAAGAACAGCUGAAAUUAAAAUCAUAAUUAUAUAUUUACACCGUUGCUUUCUAUAUCGAUCAUCAAGACUCAGACGCUGUGUUGUGUACUCGGCGUUUUUUUUAUAAUAAAUACCGCAAUUGUUUAUUAAAUUCUUGCUAAAAUGGCGGUAUUUACGGACAAUGAAGAGUACAUACGUUAUUCAAUAUUAGGUAUCAUUUGGCUUAUUUAUUUCUGGGAACUUUAUUUAAGUUUACGGCAGAGGAAAUUGAUGCAAAAAUUGACAUCGCUGCCUGCGUCGUUAGGCGGCUUGAUGACUGAAGACUUGUAUCAAAAAGCCAGAAUUUAUGCGCUUGAUAAAAAUGCUUACAGCAAUAUUCAUGAUCUUUUUGCAACGGUUGUUAAUACGGUUGUAGUACUUACAUACGCAUUUUACUACUAUUGGCAAUGGGGUCUUAUGAUGACGAAAUUUAUUGGGUUAGAUACAUCUAACGAAAUAAUAGUUAGCGCCUGUGUAUUAAUUAUCAUGAACACAGUAUCAACAGUUAUUGAUAUGCCAUUUAAAGUAUACAAUGUAUUUGUACUUGAAGAAAAACAUGGUUUCAAUAAACAGACGGUGAAAUUUUUCAUAAGAGACCAGUUUCUCAAAUUCCUGGUAGGACAAGUGAUCGGGCCGCCAUUGUUAUGUGGCUUAGUAUGGAUAAUCAAAAACGGUGGUGACUAUUUCUUCUUUUACGUCUGGAUAUUCACGGUUGCUGUCACGCUCUUCAUGUCAAUCAUUUAUCCCGAAGUGAUUGCGCCACUGUUUGACAAGUACUCGCCACUCCCAGAAGGCGAGCUGAAACAGAAGAUUGAAGCACUCGCAGCUUCGUUGAACUUCCCGCUGUACAAGCUGUAUAUCGUAGAAGGCUCCAAGAGAUCAUCUCACAGUAAUGCUUACAUGUACGGGUUCUACAAGCACAAAAGAAUCGUUCUUUUCGACACUCUCGUCAAAGAGUACUCUCAGGCAAACGUUAAUCCUGAUGAAACAGGUAAAGGUGACUAUGGCUGUGAAGUUGAUGAGGUCCUUGCCAUUUUAGUUCAUGAGUUGGGUCAUUGGCAAUUUAGUCAUACUCUUAAAGGCUUAGCGUUAGCUCAGAUAAGUUUUGUAAUGAAUUUUAUUCCAUUUGCAAAAUUAUUAAAUUACCAGCCAAUUUACACAGCUUUUGGGUUCACUGAUUACCAGCCAAUUUUCAUUGGACUUAUUAUUGUUAUGAUGUAUAUUUUAACUCCUCUAAAUACGUUGUUCGGAUUCUUAAUGACUGUAAACUCCCGGCGUUUUGAAUUCCAAGCAGACGCUUUUGGCAAAAAGCUUGGCCACGCAGCAGCAUUGAAACGUGCAUUAGUAAAAUUACACAAGGAUAACUUAUCAUUCCCGUUAUAUGACAAGCUCUACUCGGGCUGGCACCACAGUCACCCACCUCUACUCGAGCGUCUGGAAGCACUCGACAAAUAUGAGUAGACGCUAAAAAAAUUUAAUUAACAAAAAAUCGGGCAUAAUUACUACAAUUAUUGUGUAACCACAUCAAUCAUACGUUUAAAUCAUCAUUGUCAUAUAUCAUGUGUGCGUGAGUUAUGUAACUAUUGAAAUAUUUUUUUCUUCCAAAAUAUUUAUCGACGCGAUUAAGUGUCUUUAAAAUCA